AUGAUGGAGCAACAAAGUGUCCCAGAGCAGGCGGCUGCUGGGAAAAGCCAUGGAGGCUUGGGGGGACCUUUCAAGGUCUCGGUCUAUGAGCUGGAAAACUUUCAGGGAAAGAAGUGUGACUUCUCCACUGAGUGCCCCAACUUGACUGAAAGUCUGCUGGAGAAGGUGGGCUCCAUCCAGGUGGAAUCUGGCCCAUGGUUGGCAUUUGAACGCUGCGCCUUCAGGGGAGAACAGUUUGUCCUCGAAAAGGGGGAUUACCCCAGGUGGGAUGCCUGGUCCAACAGUCAUCACAGUGACAGCCUCCUCUCCCUUCGGCCCCUGCACAUUGACAGCCCAGAGCACAAAAUCCACCUGUUCGAGAAUCCAGGGUACGGCGGCCGCAAGAUGGAGAUUGUGGAUGAUGACGUUCCCAGUCUCUGGGCUCACGGCUUCCAGGAUCGGGUGGCCAGUGUCAGAGUCAUCAAUGGAACGUGGGUAGGUUAUGAAUUUCCUGGCUACCGGGGGCGCCAAUAUGUCUUUGAGCGGGGAGAGUACCGCCAUUGGAAUGAAUGGGAUGCCAAUCAACCCCAAAUCCAGUCCGUCCGGCGCAUCCGUGACCGCAAGUGGCACAAACGUGGCUGCUUCCUCAGUAGCUGA